GGUUUUGGCCUACGCCAGCUAGCGCUCUCCAGACAGCGCGCAGGUACAGUUUGGGGCCAGCGGCAGUUCCCAAGAGGCAAUAUACACAAUAUAUAGAAUAUAUGCACUAUAUAGAAUAUAUGCAAUAUAUACAAUAUACACGAGGGUGCCCUGCUUGGAGGGAAGAGGGGCUAGAUGGCAUGGUCAUGAGCCCUGCUGCACGCUCAGAGAACGGGCUCAGGCCCUGGUCAGGUUAUAAAUAUUAAUGUAGCCGGGGCUCUGCUCUGCAGCAUUUCCCUAUAACAAGUAGGAGACAUGAGAUUUAAUGCUUUGAAAAGUGGAAUGUUUUAACAGGUGGAAAAAGCUAGAAAUUAUUGUGAAUUACUUCUCUAGUAAAACUUCUUUUAAAAGGAACUGAAAAGGUUAAAGUUCUAGCAGUAGAAAAGUAGUUAAUGGCUUAUCCAUCACAAGGAUAUCAAGGUAUAUAACCAUUUUAUGACAGAGCAGAGUCAGCCUGCACUGCAACAUGCCUCUGCUCCGCUGGGACAGAUGGACACUGGUUGGGAUCAUCUGUUGUGCAGUGACUGUGAUCCUUUGGACGUUGUGUAUUUGGCAGACUGUUGUCAGGUUCAAAACAGAAACUACAGAACCCGUGUUACCUCCAUGCUUUUGCCUCAACGAUGGAGUCUGCCAAGAUGGGGCCUGCGUUUGCCCAGAGGAGUGGGUGGGCUCACUUUGUGAGCUAGUUAAUUUCUGUGAAGUCAGUAUUUACACAGCGAACAUUUCUGAAGGCAUUUUAAAAAACCUUACCUUUCAACGGAUUAUAGUGGGCAAAUACGGCAAUUCUGCAGAAAAAUGUGAACAUAACACUGUGAAUGGUAACCAUUCAAUAGCAGUCCGGAUGUGCUCCAGAGUGGGAAAAACUCCUACUUUACAACCUCCCCAAAUUCUGAAUUGUAAUGCAAAUCUGGACUCCCUGGCAUCACAGGUUGAAACUGCGGACUCCAGUAAUGUUUCAGCUAUUGCAAGCAACACCCAGAUCCUUACUUCCAUGCCAGAGCAACUGACCACACAGAGUAUUUCCACUGCUGCUAAUAUUGCAGUGAGGAUCUUGAAAAAGCCAGAUAUUUCAGAACACUCUCAGGCAUCUGUGGCAAUAAUGGCUACAGUGAGUCAACUCCUGGAUGCCAAUGAAACACAAUUUAACAACGAUAAUCUCAUCGAUGUUACAGCAAGCCUCACAAGAACAAUGGAAGAAUUUUCUUUGACCAGCAACAUCACCCAGUCCAACAUUGCAAUCCAGUCAGUCCCACUGAAAUUAAACUCAUCUACAAUUCUAUUUUCUGCACAGAGAGAUAUGGCAUUGGGAUAUAUUCAGUCAACAAAACUAGAAGUACAGGAAAAUGUCCCUGGCCUUACUGGAGAUCUCAGUACUGAAGUUCAGAUACUGCUCAACAUUAAAAACAACAGUUCAUCAGACAAUGGAAGAGUUGGUUUUGUCCUGUAUCAAAAUGGCAAAUUCUUCCAGUCAAGGAUUUAUAAGAGUCGCAGUAGGUUUUCUAAACAAAUCAUCUCUGGCAACAUUGAUGGUGGAAGAACCAGUGGUGUUGAACUAGCCUUCAGCCCAAAGUACAACACAUCACAGUUCCAGCUGCGUGACCAUGCCUGUGUCUUUUGGGACUAUACCACCAAUGACUGGAGCACCACAGGCUGUACAAAAGGAAGAGACCAAUUCUUGAGAUGCAAGUGUAACCACACUACUAAUUUUGCUGUCCUGAUGGCCUUCCAGAUCAAAUAUAAUUAUGCAAAGCCUUUGGAGUACAUCUCUUACAUUGGUAUUGGAUUGUCCAUUGCUGGUCUGGUCAUUACCAUUUUGUUUCAGAUCUUCACUAGGAAAACUCGAAAGUCCUCAAUAACGUGGAUGUUAGUGAAUCUCUGCUUUGCUAUGCUGAUUUUUAACAUCAUCUUCAUCUCUGGAAUUGAGAACCGAAAUGCCAAGAAUCACAGCAGUGAUACCACCAGCUAUGACCAGCAAUAUCAGACUUACGAUACCACCAGUAAUACCUUACUCACUUCUGAUUUGGUAGAUCCUCCUGCAGACUCUUGGUGUACAGCUGUGGCAGUCCUACUGCAUUACUUUUUGUUGGCAACAUUUAUGUGGACAGCACUCAAUUCUGCACAGUUGUACUUACUGCUGCUUAGAGCCAUGAAGCCGCUUCCUGGACGCUUCAUUGUAACCAUGUCAGUAAUUGGAUGGGGAAUCCCCGCUAUAGUCGUUGCAAUAACACUUGGAACUACUUAUAGAGAAGGAAAAGCACUAAACUACCGACAGGAAGAAUUUUGCUGGCUUGCAGCUCUGGAUGAAAAUCAGAAUUUCAGCAUGGAAAAGCCUAUGUUGUGGUCAUUCCUGCUGCCAGUAGCACUCAUACUCCUGUUUAACUUCAUCAUGUUCAUCAACAUCACAGUCUCUGUGAUAUGGAAUGACAACAAGGAUUUGACAAGGAAUAAAAAGGAUUCAUUCAUGAAAAAGAUGAUUAGCACUAUCUCUGUAGUUGUAGUACUUGGAAUAACCUGGACAGUAGGCUACCUGAUGCUAAUAAAUCACAAGGAAACAAGUCUCGUUUUCAGCUAUGUGUUCUGCAUUUUGAAUGCUACUCAGGGACUUCAGAUUUGUAUUCUGUACACUUUCAGAUCGCAAAUCUUCAAGAAAAAAAUUUCUGAAGUGUUUCUUGUUUUCUCAGUGCCAGAGAUACCAGUGUAUCUGCAUUCAAAAACUUACUAUGUUUCAAAAUCACACCUUGCAAAACAUUCAAGGGAAGCUUUCAGACAACCUGAAACUUUUUCAGAAGAUACUUCCUUGUCUACCUUACCUAACCACAGGAACCUAUGUGCCCUCUCUGCUGCAGAAGAAAAUGUUUUCUAGAAUUGAUGAGCCUCCAAAAAGAGCAGUUAUAUCAGAUACAAGGCUGAAGCUCAUCACCACUGCUUCAGAUAAUGGCAGAAGAUGUCAGUAAAAAUUGUCCAGGAAAGGUAAUUUUCCAUAAUUUGCUGUGAUGCAUGUUUUCAGUCAUACUUUUUUUUUGGACAGGAUGUUAAUGUUUUUAUGCAAAAUCCAUUUUUUAUUUGUAAAUUAUGUCUGUAAUUCUUAUCUUUGUCAAUUCCUUUAAUUUUAUUGGAGAAGAGUAUUUUAGAAACUAUCAUGUGGUUUAGGAAGGAUGAUAUUUGAUCUUGUAAAAGACAGGUAGACACUAUGAUGAUGGUUCCUUAAAGGAGUGAUAUUUUCUAGUUUUGGUAAUUUUUUUCACAAAGAAAGGAGCAUGAUGUAAAGCACCUCCUGCCUAAUUUUGAACACAGACUUUAAAAACAAAUAUCUUUAUAGACCAAAAGCCAAGCAAAAAAUCAAGGAGAAUUUGUACAAUAUUGAGUUGGCAAAAUAUUGACUUUUUACAAUCAAAUUAAACAUCCUGUCUCUAAGUACUUGAGAUGUUAAAAAAUUCUGUUACAGUAAACACUGAGCAUGUCUGACCUAAAAGAAAACAUUUUCACCUUCAAAGAAAAUGGAAAAGUCAAUUUCUGUGGGCUUUUGAAUCUAGGGAAUCUUAAUUUGAAAAAGAGAACAACGCAAAAUGAUCUUUUUCAUGUUAUCUGCUUGACUGUAUAAGAACAAUAGUUUAGCUCUUAUCUACACGUGGAAUAUAUCGAUCUUAAUAAUGCAGUGAACUUUGGUAUUCUUAGUGAUAUGUGGACUCUAAGGAUCACGAAGUUUCUUCUUGUUAACGUACUGGAAGUUCUGCUUGAAUAAAGAAAUGGCUUGAAGAGGGACUGAAUCAUCAGUCCGAAGGUAUGAAAUAGGAGAUGCAGAGCCUGUCUGUGUAACUGAUGGGAAAGUCCUGUUUUCCAGACAUCUUUCCUACACUUUUAGAAGCAAUGAGAUAAUCUGUUUUUUGCCUUUGGA